GGCUUCAUGCCUGCGUCGUCGACAAGACAAUCUACUGUGGCGGUGCUAGCGCUGCUGGUGCUUUCGGUCGCAGUGAGCAUUGCGAGCAUGAGCCGUCGCACCGAAGUCGUGCGCUCGCCAGAUCUAUUACAACCAGAUGCCGUACAGUAUGGAGCCAUGGACGCAUACUUGCUUGCUCAUUUCCCUGAGGACGUCGGCUGUGCCGAGAUGACCUUCGAGGAAACGAGUCACUACGACGUCAACAGACCCGAGUCGCAUGCAGAAUGGACGAUGUUGUGGCCCGUCUGGUCACAUGCGGGAUUCGUGCGUCUGGGCCCUGAACAGCGCAAGCUGCAAGUCGCCAUGUACCACCAGCUGCACUGUGUGCAUGUCUUCGUAAACGCUCUCUCAGGAACGGGCAACCGGGAGCGCUUUGGGCACAUCAGCCAUUGCUUUGACUAUUUGCGCCGGACGUUCUUAUGCGCGGCGGACACGACGCUCGAGCCGUACGACUUCCUGGAGCGGGAGUUCGACAAGCAUCCGGUAGGGAUCACGCGCCAAUGCAGAGACUGGAGCGUGGUUAUCGGGGCGAUUGAGGACAACUAUUACGCCUGGCGGAACCUCAGCUCGGUAGCGGACGGCGCGGACGAGCCCUUGAGCUAAAGCAUGAUGACCCUUCUCCUAGUAGAAUCCGUGCGGGCUGAUUCACGCACCAAGAUACCCCAAAUAUACGCCCAAAUGCUCAGAUCCAGACGUAAACUUCGGAGGCAUACUAGUAGCGUAUCAGAUAUCGCCGGUCGCAGUAGCACUAUGCCCACGUUAGUAUCAAC